UUAACCUGUGCUAUUAUAAAAUGGUUUGAUCAGCAAAAGCAUGACUGAUGAAUGCAUACUUGCAAAAGGUGGCGUUUGAUAUUUUAACCUACAAUGUUUUCUUCAUAGACACAAGCAAUAUAGAUGCUAUCUGUAUGUAUGGUUCCACUGCUACCUUGAAGUUUUAAGGGAUCAAUUUCUUUUUGUUAGACGAGAAAACGCAGCUACAGAUUGUUAUAUGUUGUUCCAUAUGUCAAAGACCUUUGAGAUGUUUGCUAUGAUGUUUCAUCAUUUUAAAAGUUUGUUCCAUGAGGUUACAGAUAGCUCUGGCACUUCUGCUUGGCAGUGACUACUCUCAGGGAGUUCGUGGUAUUCGUCAGGAGGAAGCCUGCGGGAUUGUUAGGUCUUUUGGAGAAAAUGUUAUCCUUGAAAAAGUUUCAUCAGAAGGACUCUCUUUUGUCAAAAACAUGAGAAAUUCAAAGAAGCAAGCUAGGCCUAAAAAGGGGACCUUACCCUUGGUGUCUAUAAAUGGAAGUAAUCAUGAUCCAGAGGGAGUGCAACAGAUCAAAGAGGUGAUUGAUGCGUUCAUGAAUCCCAAGUGCCACAAAGCAGACUCUAAUACAGUUUCCAGGGCUCUGGCUGAAAUUACUUUCCAGCGCACCAAUUUACAGGAGAUAUGCCAUCAGUUCUUUGAGUGGCCCUCUGAGAAAACAGAUGAAUACAUUCUUCCAAAAAUUGCUGAAAGAAAGCUGAGAAGGUAUGCUAUUCUGCAAUCAAGAUCAACUGAGGUUGGCGUUAACCGUCCUCUCCACAAGCCGCAGGUGCCAGAGAAGUGCCCGGUGUCUGAAAUUAUAAAGACUCGCAAAGUACAGGGACGAGAAUGUUUCGAAGUCUCAUGGAAUGAUCUAGAAGGGUUAGAGGCUUCCAUUGUUCCUGCAGAUCUUGUAGAAAGGGCUUGUCCUGAGAAGAUCAUAGAGUUCAAGGAGAAAAUGGAAGCAAAGAAGAAAAAGAAGAAGCCGAAACAAAAACAAUCUAAAUCGACAGAGAGGGAAACAAGUUCACCGACCAAAGCUUCUUCACUUAUCGAACUCAGUCUCCAACUCCAACAGAUUGAUCUUAAUUCAACAUCUACCCUAGCUAUAAGCACCAUGGAAGAGGCAGAACAAGAGAAAGAACAGCAAAAAUCCAAGAAACAUGAUUACUUGCGUCUAAUCGAUUCACCUGCUAAAGAAAAUUCCAGUAUUGGUUGGUCGACCAUUCGUAGAUUCGGUGUUGGCCCGAGCUCUUAUUCAUUCUAUCCAGAAACAGAAGUCAUUGAUCUGAUAAGCCCUUGUCCUGAAGCUCGGUCACGGAACGUGUCAAGAAGGUAUCAAGAACAGAAGUCUCAUGAGCAGAAGUGCCUUGAUCACAAACUGGAGAAUGUGAUUGAGCUGAGUGAUUCAGAGACAGAUGAUGAUGAUGAUGAUGAUGGUGAACAUUGCAGAAAAGCCAGAGAGCUUAGGAUGUUCUUGGAAAAUAUUAGGAAAGACGUUAUCCUCUGAGCCUAAAGUGGACGAUGAUCAUUUAUGAUAAGUGUCUAUGCAAUGUUAUUAUAUGUACGAAUUGUUCCAUUCCACAUAAUGUCUAUGAUUUAUGAAUUCUUUUUUUUUUUUAAUUGUGUAGAUUUCAUGAAAACUGUUAGUAAAACAGCUAGCUAUUAAUAAACAGAUUCUCUUUGUUGGCAGUGA